AUGGAGAAGCCGGUGGGCCUCGAGAUCCCGGUGGUGUUCUCCGCCAUCUUCGCCGUCCUUGGCCUUGUCGCCUUCUCCUGCUGCAUCGCCGCGGAGUUCAACAAGGCCCAGGUAGGGGGAUCGACCUUCACUCUUCCCCUCCUUUCCCUUUCCCCCCACAAUUUCGAUGAAAGAAAACAUUUCUUCUUCCGCAGGUGAAGGACAUGAAGGUGGACGGAACCUUGUGCACCUUGCCGAGGAAGCCCGCGUUCGUUCUUGGCCUCGCCGCGCUGGUCUCCCUGUCCAUCGCCCAGAUCCUCGCUACCUCGCUAGCCGUCGCUAAAAGGCUUCGCCGCUCCGAGGACACGCAAUCAGCCGCCUCUGCGGCCGUCGCCUUGCUUGCUCUCUCCUGGUCUGUAUCCCUCCCCUCCAUGCCCACUAUCUGUUAUCGUCAUGCUGCGGUUGUGAUGCGCUCGCCGUUGUUGCUGUUGCAGGGUGAGCUUCGGGUUGGCGAGCGUUCUGCUGGGGACGGGGACGAGCAUGAACAAGGGGCAGAUGUACGGGCGGGGCUGGCUGGACGGCAGGUGCUACGUCGUGCGCAGUGGCGUCUACAUCUCCUCCGCGGCCCUCGCGGCUCUAAGUGUGGCCCUCUUGAUCGGCUUCGUCUCCCCGGCAUGCGGGCUACGGCGGCGACGGACGGGGCCGACCGAGCUAAGCCCGCCGCCCCGGUGA